UAAAAAGGUAGGAUUUAAUUUAUUUUAAACACAACAGUAUCCUGUAUAACGGCCUGAAUACUACUCGAUUUUUCCGCUAGUAAUCUUUUAAAAUUAUGUUAUUGUGUCUUACAUAAUUGGCGUUGCCUUUUAUUAUACUGGUAGGUAACAAUUUAAAAUGGCAUGUACUGAUAAAAAAGAAAAUACAGUUCACAGCGUCGAUAGUGACGUCUUUGAUGUAGAAAAUCAGCAACAAAGUGAUGAAAACGAAGGUGACUCGAUAGAACUCGUACGAAGAUGUAAUAGAGAAACUGAUAUCGAUACAUCUUGGGAUCAAAGUCGAUACAGUGAUUUAAAACUGAGUGAUAACAAUAAAACACCACCAUUUCAACCAGUUAUAAUGUCUGACGUAAGUCCCAGCAGCAGGACAAAUACCUCAACACAGACCGAUAUAAGACAGGAGGAAGAUAUGACGGAUAUUAAUUUGUCGUUUAGUAAAUAUUUUGACAUGGAGGAUUCUAGUUCCUCCGAGAGUGUAGGGAAAAGACUGCGUAGAGAUUCACAAGAAGAAUAUCAACGCCCAUGCAAAAAGACCAAAUGUGAUGAUUUUGGUCUAUCAAAAAGAGAGGUAAACAUUGGUACAUCAAACUCUUCAAGGCAUAUUUUAUCCUCCGAAUCGGAGGUGUCCUUCGUAUCUGUGAACAGUAACUACUCCUAUAAGACACGAAAAAAAAGACGACGGUCAGAGUCGACCUUGCUUAGAGAUGCCCUUCAAAGAGCUGGCAAAAACUUUCACACCAAUAAUAAUUGUUCCAUCAGCAAUGCUUCAGUGUCUGGGAGUCCUAGAAAGGAGAAAAAUCUGCGCAGGAGCGUAAGGACGAAAUCUUGGCGAGUGAUGGAUUUGUGCACUUGGAUCGGGAAAAAGGGGUAUCAGUCCAUUACUGGUCUCUAUGCGGACAUGUUAAAGGAACCUAUCAAAGGAAAGGAGAAGAAAGAUGAAAGAUUAUCAGAGGACCUGUUGGAUCUGAAGAAAAAUGUGGAAGAUAUGAAGCACGAAUUGAAGGGACUUAAGAAAUUCGUAGAAGAAAUGAACCAGGAAAUGAGAGACGUCAAGAAGUAUGUAGAAGAUUUAGACAAGAGUCAAAAGCGGCAGACGAGCGAGACAGAAGAUUUGCGACACAAGGUGGGCAGACAUGAGAGCGCAAUUGAAGAACUUCAGGGUAAGAUCAGCCGCCUGGACUCGCAACAGAAAGCGCCAUCUUGCCCUCCCCCUCCGCCACCUCCUCCUCCCCCUCCACCUCCGCCACCUCCACCACCACAGCCUUCAAAGCUCCCAGUCAGGACCAACAUCCAGAGGUGCGGUUCAGCUCCACCAACUGUCGGACCGAGGCUUACUAUCACACCACAAGAUAUCGCGAAUGUUAAACUGAGGAAGACCAAGGAUAACCCAGUUCGGCCAAAACCUACGCCAAAAGAACAUCCACAGCUCCUAGUGACCCAACACAUGUUAGAGACCACGCGGGCAAAACUGGGCCGAGCCAAACCCGUGGCUUCGUCUACUCCUAAGCAACAGCUCAGCGAAUUGGAGAAAUGUCUUCUACAAGAGGUAUCAGUGACGUCACUUUAUAGGCGUCGAGUGACGCGCGGCUCGUUCCGCAGUGCGGAAGAGCUCCGUCCGCGGCCUUAUCCCGCCGCCAGGUGUCGCUCGCCAAGGUCGCCUCGGACUCGAACGGCGUCACUGUCCCGAAUUACCCCAAUCUCCCCAAUCGAAUUUUCACUUCUGUUGCCCAAUGAGUGAAGUAGAAGAAACAUUUAAUUUACGAAGUUGAGAUAUGUUUUGAUUUUAUGACGUAUGUGUUAGCCCUGCAAAUUAUUAGCUAUUUGCAAUGCUUGGUGCGUACCUAUUGAAUUUCAAUUACGCACCUUUUGUUAAACUAUAUUUUCUCAAAUGUAAGUGGCAGUGAGAGGUAUUGCCCUUAUAUAAAAUAAUAGAUGUGACAACUUAGUUAAGUUUUGUAAAUUUUAGUUGUAUAAAAAAUAUUUUUAUUAUUUUUUCAUUAAAUACCAUCUACAAUAAUGGAUUUAAAGUAUUUUAUUAGGUGUAGAUUUAGAUGUUAAUGACAUGCAAUUUUCAGUUGUAUUUAUCUGAAUUCAGAUUGAGAUGAUAAUUUAAAAAGAAUAUGACUAAUUUGUUUUGUAGCCAUAUUAGCAAUCUAUUACGGCACAUUGUAAAGUUUCCUUUAUAAUAAUUUUAUUUGUACGGGUUUUUGUUUUUGAUACGCUAGAGUAUUUGUAUAUAUAUAUAUAUAUAUAAAUAAAUAAUAUUAUAUUUGCUUAUCGCUAUUUGGACAUUGGUAUUAUUAGGGUUUUAAAAUAUAAAUUACUUAUGUAAAAACAUACAUUACAAAAAACGUAAUUUGUCAGUGCUAAAUUGAAUUGUUUUAGUACUUACGUCUUUAGGUGCAUGUUACACACGGAAAUUAAUUGUCAUACAUAAGAGAAACAUUAUUAAGUAUAUUUUUUUAUGGCGAAUUUGCUCAAGAACUCGAAGAAGGAUGCAAUUUUGAAACAAACAUUUAGAAAACAGUCAAAAUAAAUACUUAUGGUUAA